AUGGUGGAGGUCAAAUAUAUGGGAGAAUACGACUACAUCCCGUCAAUACCACUUGCCGUGACGUUUAUCGUGCUCUUCGGACUCACAACCAUUCUACAUUGUUGGCAAAUGUUUCGAGGGAGGACCUGGUUCUUCAUUCCUUUUGUGUUCGGAGGCGUCUUUGAGAUCAUCGGGUAUAUAGCCCGUGUGGUAUCCUCCAACCAAUAUCCGAACUAUACAGUUCCACCUCUGGCCAUUCAAGCCGUGCUCAUUCUUGUCGCGCCGUCACUCUUCGCUGCAAGCAUCUAUAUGGAGCUUGGACGCAUCAUGAUCGUUACUGGUGGAGAGAGGCUGUCACCAAUCCGCCGAUCGUGGUUGACAAAGAUUUUUGUGGUUGGAGAUGUGAUUUCCUUCUUCGUCCAAGCAGGAGGAGCCGCAAUGCUCGUCAAAGCCAACACAGCCGCCAAAGGCGGAAAUGUGAUCAAAAUCGGCUUGAUCAUCCAAAUCAUCUUCUUUGGACUGUUCAUAAUCACCGGUAUACUGUUCCACGUCAGACUUCAGAGAAAUCGAACAACGGUGCUACAGCAGCAUCAAGUCCCCUGGAAAAAGCACCAAAAUGUGCUAUACGUCGGAAGUCUCCUCAUCUUCAUCCGUUCUAUCUUCCGAUACAUCGAAUACAACCAAGGAAGUAGCGGUGCAUUGCUCCAGCAUGAACUCUGGAGUUACAUCUUCGAUGCCGCCCUUAUGUUUCUGGUGAUGGUAGCAUUCAAUGCAGUGCAUCCAGCCGAGAUUAGCCAGUUAAUGGCGCAAAGGAAAGCCGGAUAUGAAAUGGAGAUGAUCGGAUGA